GCGCCGACAGCCUCGAAACGGCGAAACGUUCCAAGGGUUUUAGGCAGCAGCAGCCGGAGGGAGAUGGGUGAGCGGGCGAAGGAAUGGCUCCUCGCCGCCGGCGCCGGCGUCGCCGUCGGCGCGCUCUCUGCCGCCGUCAUGAAUCACCUCUCGAGAUCCAAGCGGAGAGAGGGGUACGCGCGCAACCUGCUGGAAUCCAAUAGAAUGACGACUGGGAACGCUCAGUCCACGAGGCAUCUGGGUGCUGUUGGUAGCUUGGAUCUUCUCUCUGAUGAAGUGGUCUCCGAACAGCUUACAAGGAAUAUACAAUUUUUUGGCAUUGACUCUCAGAAGAAAGUGACUAAAUCCUAUGUUGUGGUCAUUGGUCUUGGAGGGGUUGGCAGUCAUGCAGCUUCAAUGCUCCUGAGAUCUGGUGUUGGCAGGUUGCUUCUUGUGGAUUUUGAUCAGGUAUCACUCUCAUCACUAAAUCGGCAUGCUGUGGCAACCAGAGAUGAUGUUGGAACUUCAAAAGCAUUAUGCCUCAAGAAGCAUUUUUCAAUGAUAUACCCAGAGUGCCAAAUAGAUGCAAAAGUGCAAUUGUAUGAUGCAUCGUCUGAGGCGGAAAUUCUUUCUGGACAGCCUGACUUUGUUCUUGAUUGCAUAGAUAACAUUGAUACCAAGGUGGCACUCCUUGCAGCUUGCGUGCGCAGAGGUUUGAAGGUACUUUCUGCAAUGGGGGCUGGAGCACGAGCUGAUCCCACCAGAAUUCGUGUUGCAGAUUUAAGAGAAUCAAGCAAUGAUUCCCUCUCUCGAUCGGUGAGGUACAGGCUCAAGAAAGAACAUGGAAUUGAGGGUGGAAUACCAGUAGUUUUUUCAUUGGAAAAGCCAAAGGCAAAGCUGCUUCCUUUUCAAGCUUCAAAAGAAGAGGAAACUCCAUCAGAUUACCAGAUUGUGCCAGGAUUCAGGGUUCGCAUUAUACCAGUACUGGGAACCAUCCCUGCAAUAUUUGGUCAAGUUAUGGCCUCCUAUGUGAUUACUCAGCUUGCUGGAUUAGAUUUUCAAACUGAACCAGUUGUUAACCUGGAUUUGGAUCAUUACCGUAUACUUCAUCAGCGUCUUAUUGAGCAUGAAGAGCUGAUUUAUGGGACAGCCGAGCAAGUUCUGGUAGAUGCUGAAGAGGUAAUGUACAUUGUCAAAGAAUUGUGGCGAGGUCGAAGUGCUAGAGACCAAAGUCAGAAGGACACUGGUCGGAAAAUGUGGAGAUCUGUCAAUGAACUAAUGCUUGUUCGGUGGGACAAAUCAAAGGCUGCUGGCAUCUCAAACUUAAUACUUCUCAAGUUUAGUGAGGCUGACGCCCAUGAAUCCACCACACUGGAGCGAAUACAAGAAGAAGAACCUGAAUUCUACUCUAUGGUUUCACGUGUCCUGAAACGAGCUGAGAUGGAGUUUGCCUUAUGACUCAACGAGUAGCGAGGGUUGAUGAUCUUCCCUCUUGGAGGACUCUCACGGUUGCUAUUCAGUGGUGGCCUUGGAACAAUGGAUCAGCAUUCAGUUUGGUCAUUUGGUGGGAUUCAUAUUUGCGAGUACUUGAUCGGUAUGCUAUGGUGAAAACGACGUGCAAAAGUUUCUUCCUGUGGCAGCCGAAACAUCAGCUCUCUGUUAUCAUAGAGUUGUGCACUUGUGGCCAUCUAUGUAUGGGUUAUUUUUCUGCACGAUCCGUGUGACGCCAAAUCUGAUAUUUUGUUUUUAGUCUGCGUGGCUGAUGCAAUUUUGAUGUAAUCUGAUACCACGAACGUAGCCGCUUCUUGAAUCACCGAUCACCGAUGAUAUUGACAUUUGAUGAUAUUGAUAUAUCACUCAUAUGCACGGAAA